AUGGGAAACAGACCUUCAAGAAAAUUGUAUUUGCAGAUCGCGUCGCUGGCGUCUUCAUGUUCGACGGCGGCCUCUGAACGGCAUGGCGUCGUGCCGACGUCGCGCAGCACCCACAACUGCACGUCGACCCCCGCCGUCGCUUCCGCCUCGACGUCUUCUGCGUGCUGCGCCGCCGCUUCCAACGCUUCCAACGCCUCCGCCACCAACCAAUUAAUUAUGCACAGGUCCGUUCGUCUCAUUUACACGUAGGACUUCCAGUAUUUGUGAGAUCCAUUUAUUUGUGAGAAGCUUUUUAAAAUGCAUUUACGGCUGUAUUUUGGGUAUUUAAAGGCCGCUUUUGAAAAAUACAAGAGACAGGGUGUUACUAAGGAGCCAAAGUUUUUUUUUGACUUUUUUCUGAAUUUCCGAAUUCCAGAGCUUCAGCUUUUAGUAAAAUGAGAACACACUUUUUCAUUAAUUUUGGGUUCUCUGGCUUGAUUUUAUCUUUCAGAACAAGGUUUUGAGUAAUAGAGGUGUCCUGAUUGUAUGAAAAUUUAAUUUUAAAGAGAUAUGGAAAAAAAAUUUUUUCGCUGCUGGAUUUUUUUAUUCUCGUUUUCUGAACUGUUUUCCUGAUUUUUUUUUUCAAUUUCUGUUUAAAUUUUACCAUUUUUUAUUGAAAAAAGUAUUUUUUUGCUUUUAAGACUGUUGGUAUCUCAUCAGGCCAAAAAUUUGAAAAAAGUUCAAUUUCACGGUAUCAAAUUUCUACUGUCCUUUUUUCGAAUAACAGGGUUUUGGAUUUAAAAGUUGAAAAAUAUCAGAAAUUUCGUAAAAUUAUCUUAAUAUAACAUCAAAAAUUCAACCUCCUUAAACUACCAGAGAAAAUUGAAAAUCAAAAAAAAAGAACGCCUUUUCUCCUAAUUUUCCUGAAAAACUGUAACUGCAGCGCGUAAAAGGAUCAUCAUUUUCUGUUUUUUUAAACGUAUUUUGGCAUUCUGGUGUCGUGUUGAUGCUCAAUUUGAUUUCCAUAAAACGGGAUUGUAAUUGUAUGCGAAACGAUUGUGUUUUGAUAGAACCAGUGGAAAACGGGAGAAACCCUUUUGUCAGGGGGUUCACAAAUCGUUUUUGCGCGGCGACGGCGGUUUUUCGUUUGAAUUGAGGAGAAGGUAUAGUGACCGUCAGGUGUACAAACACUUGUUCAGUUUCGUCGCCCCUUGCAACAUCGCUUCAUAUUCUCAUAUUCGUCCGAUCAAUAAGUUUCUUUUUCGUCAUCUUCUGCACUAAGAAAAUCUGAGCGCGAUAUCCCUGGCUUGACAUUGACGAUAUCGCAAAAGUGCUGCUUUUUAACCACGUGCCGGUCUUGCCAUUUGAAAAUUUGAAAAUUUAAUUUUGCGAUAGAAAUGCGAUGUCGCGUCAAGGAAUGUGCGAGUCCGGCGCGGCGACAACGCGGUUCAUUCGCGACAUCGCUUUUCUCUCGCCGAGUUAUCUUAAGCUUGGCCUGAAUUUUUUUUUGAGGCUUUCGAACCCAAGUUUUUCUUUUUGAAUGGCCAAGAGAGCCUGUAAAAUUUUUAGGAGCUGAAAAAUGAAUUUAAAUCUCAAAAGGAGCUCAGUUUUUGAUGGUAGAGGAAGCUAGGAAAAUGGUGAGAACGGAUAUCGAUCAAUUUGUAGGAAAAAAUUUAGGUCCGUCUAGGAUUUUUGUAAAUUUCCCGCAAGUUUAGUCAUCCCAGCGAGCUGGUUUGGCUGGGCUUUUUUUCUUUAAAUUUUAAAUUCCUGAUCUUUUUUUCUAAGGCUUUUUUUCGAUAAUUUGCAAGCUCAGAUUUGAUAAUCAGUGGGAAAAAAAUUCCUCUCCAACUGGAAAUUUUUGUUUGACAUUAAAAAUGAGGAAAUAAGCUUACAAUACUUUUUUUGUUGAGAAAAAUUCAUCUUUGUUGGUAUUUUUGUACUUAUUAACGGUUAGAAUUUGGAAAAAAAAGCGUCUGAACCUCUCCUUUUGCACACUAUUUUUUUAUUUGAUUUUUAUCAAGAACUUCAUCAAAAAACGCUCAAAAUGGAUUAAAUGGAUUUGAAUGGAUUAAAAAUUUUUUCCUUGAUUCUUCUUUUCGCUCUUCUCAAUUGCACUUUUUUAAUUUGAGUUUUUUGCAGGUACAAAGCGAAAACGUCGCAGCUCCAGUCGCCAGUUUCGAACAAGCGAAUGGAAAACGCGACGGCGACAUCGCAUUGUGCGGCUCACGCGGGAACCAGUCGCGAGAGCACCAGCGGAGAGAAUGGAGGUCCGUUCCCGACAACAAUAAUAAUAAUAAGAGGCUUUUGGGCUCCAAAGAAAGGAAUUUGAUUCUCCUCUGGAGGGAAUUUAAUAUGAUUUUACUAAAUUUUGAGGAAAAAAAAGUUGGUUUAAAAAAAUAUAAAAAAAAUCUUUGAUGGUAAACUUUCGUAUAAGAUGAAGUCCGAAUUUUCUAGAUUGCAUAUUUUUUCGAGGAAAGGCUAAAAAGAGAAGUUAUUAUUUAUUAUUUAAAAAUUCUUUUAAAAAAAGAAUUUCUAGUGGCCUCUUUAGGGUCCUUGCCACUAUAGUAGUUGAAUUAGUGACCACGUAAGUGGCUGAAGUGUAGGGACCUCUUUAAAAUUAGGUGAUACUACUAGACCAUUGAAAAAUACUAUAGUGGCCACUAAGACGCGAAAUAGUGGCUUCUAUAAAGGUAGUUUUUGUGGCCUCUUUAGUGUCCUCUCCAAGUAGUCCUUGAGGAGCCUCUCAAGUGGCCACUGGAGUUCUUCCUAGUGAGUCGAAACGCUUUUUAGAUGUACCGAAAAAAGAUUCUGAAAAUCCGCGAAUUUUACUAAUUUUGGAGAUCAGAUGUCUUGAAUGGCAAGGAAACCAUCCAAAACCUUCUGAAUGCUCCAUUCUGAUUUUUUGAAAAAUCAGAAGCCUUGCAUUUUCAGAUUUGAAAAGUUUACAGAGGUUUGAUUUUUUGGAAAGUUUUACACCUCGACCUUUCUCAGAAACAUACGAGAAAAUUUCUCCAACAUUUUGUAAACUUCUGACCUUUGCAGCCGAGGCGACGACGCCAAAGUCGACUCGGAAAUGGAAGAAGUCGAAGGCCGGCAAGCAGGGCAGCAGCGGAUCCAGCAGUUCGAGCAGCCAACACGGCGUCGCCGCGGCCAGUGGCGCCCACGCGGCCCCGGGCGCUGGACAUCUGUCGGCCGUCCUGGGAGUCCGACUCGCCGAGUGCGCCGUCGCCAAGCCCGGACAGGUCGGUCUCCGCUCUGGGAAGCCCCCAAAAAGGGAAUUGAUUUGAAUUUGCGACUGUGGACUCCCUGACCAUUGACCAAACACUCAUUUACCAGAUGAGGAUUCUGAAUCUCUCAGUAUUUCUAGUUUUUGAAAGAGGAAACUUCAAAGAUUUUAGACACCGUUCAUUAUCUGAAACCGAUGGUCAAAUAGGACAUUUAAAGUUCGUUUUUGCGAUUGUAAACCUUGAAAUAAGCUUUUGUUUUCCCUUUUUAGUUUUGAAUUACGGGACAGUUAUUUCUUGUUCCUAGACGAUUUAUUUUCAGCGAAAUAAAUGACAAGUUUUGGAGCAAAAAUAAGUUUUUUUAUUCGAUCAGUUUCAUGUUUCAACGUUAGCUUUAAAUAGAACUGUGAAAUAAAAGAAAUAAUAUGAAAUUUCGACGUUUUUUCUGCAGCACGUGCCACUUCUGGUGCAAGUUUGCGUGGCGGUCGUCGAAACGCAUGGAAUGGAUACGGUAGGAAUCUACCGUAUCCCCGGUAACACUGCCGCCGUCAACGCCCUGAAGGAGUCCCUUUCGGGUCCCGGCUUCGAGUCGAUCAAUCCGGAACAUGUAAUUCAUUCUAUUGAUUUCGAAAAAUCAAUAAUUGAUUUUAAGGUUGAAACUUUGGACACGAGGUGGCGAGAUGUGAACGUCGUUUCCUCGUUGCUGAAGAUGUUCUUGAGAAAAGUUGGUUUUUUUUUGAGUUUUUAUCAAAUUUUGUAUGAAGUUUAAGCUUUUUGGGUUCUCAAAAAGUUUUCAAAAAUUUACUUUUCGAAUUUAUAAUUUUUGAUUAUUUAUUUCAAGUCUGAGAUACUCAAAAAUGGCAGAGAGGCCUCUAUAGGGCUCACGGGAAAAGACAGCCCCAUAGGGGCAAAAAGCGCUUGCUUUAGGGGUGAACUUAAGGUGGUCCCUAGAGGGGCUGAUUCCUAAGCAAUUUAAGAUUAAGUGGUCCCUAUAGUGGCUCUUAAAUUUUCUCACUAGAUUUAAAAGUAAAAAAAGCGUUUUUGAAACGACGAACAGAAUUCCCGAAAAUGCUCCCCGAGAGUGGCCUCUCACCCACUUUUGAAAGCUUAAGUGCCCUCUCUAGGGGAGGUGAAGUACUCCCUAGAGGGAAAUCUUCAAGGUCUCCUAAGGUUGUCCUUAUAGGGACCACUCUGGCGUACUUAAUUCAAUAUGUUUUUUAAUUCAUAACGAGUUCGAGAAUCACUCAGUUUCCUGUUUCAAAAUCAUCAUAUUUGCGGAACGAACAGUGUUUUUCCCAAUGGUUACCAAACUGCAGGUUUCAAAUUCAAAAUAAUUGAAUGUUUUCCAGUUGCCGGAACCCCUUCUCACCGACAAACUCUACCCGUUUUUCAUCGACGCCAACCGGAUAGCCAGCCAUCCGCAGCGACUCCAUAAACUACGUAAUUUGGUACGUUUUCUUUCUAAUUGAGUGAUUAAAAAAAUGCUCAAAAGUCAUUUCGAAACGAAAAGGUGGUUUUUCAAGAAAAAUUUCAUUUUUGAAGGAACUUGUGGGUUUCUCUGUAUAUUUCUGGCUAAAAAGGUCUUUUUUUGCGAAAAUCAUUGUUUUUAAAUGUUUUUUAAUGAUCAAAACAGAUAUUUUUGAAACCGAUAAGUGAUUUUCUAGGAGAAAUCUGUGAUUUUUCUGUGGAAACUUUUUGGGUUUUUUUCAGUAACUUUUUCGAUUUAAAAAAAGGUCUUUCUUUGUCAAAAAUUACUUUGUUUGAUCUUUUUUAUGAGAUUCAAAUUUUUCAAAUAAAUUCGUUGAGAUUUUAGAACAGUUUUUGAAUUUCACUAACAAUUUUCAGCUUCGUAAGUUGCCCCGACAUCACUACGAAACGCUGAGAUUCCUCAUCCGCCAUCUUUCCCAAAUCACGAAGCAUAGUGAUGUUAACAAGGUAACAUUUAAUUUUCUUAUAUUUGAGAUAUAGGUUUUUUUGUUGCACAUUGAGUUAAGUUAUUUAAUGUGUUUAGAAAUUGGAUUUCUAGAAGCUUCCAGAUGAUACUCAAUCAUUUCCUUUGCUCAUUCAAUUAAGUUUUUAUUUUUUUGUUUCGAAAAGUUUCAGAUUCUCGUGAUUUUUUUAUCUUAUGUAUCGAGUUGUCUGGAAAAAUGUUACUUUGAAAAAAAAAUUUUUUUGAACUUUUUCUUCAAAAUUUGAAGCUUCCUACUGUUUCAGCACCUGUUAGGUAUUACCAGUCAUGUUUUAUUUUUUUCUCAAUUUUUCGUUUUUUUAGUAAAAAGUUUUAUCAAGUUGAAAAUAAUUUUUUUUUGCGUUUUGAAAGUUUUGCUUGAAAAAAAAGGUCCGAAAUGAUUUUUUUUAAUUACAAAGGUGAAAUGAUCUUGAUGAUUUUCAUCAAUUCGAGACUUUUUUUAAGUCUUGAAGCUCAAAUUCAGCUUCUUCGACAUAAAAACCAAUCGAAAAUCUCAUUUCUCAGAUGGAAUCCCGGAACCUGGCGUUGAUGUUCGGUCCGUCGAUCGUCCGGCCUUCUGACGACAACAUGGCGACGAUGGUGACGCACAUGAGCGACCAGUGCAAAAUCAUCGAAACCCUCAUUCACUAUGUUCGUUUUUCAGUGGUUCUGAUGACAUGUUCACAAUAGAAAGAUAAGUAUAUUAUGGGGAUUACUAGAAGCUUAGAAACGUAGAGGGCGCGUUUUGUUCAUUUUGUAGUGAGUUUGUUCGCUGGACUCGCUACUUUUUGGUCUUCCUCUCAGGAGGACUGACGCUACUGAAGGGACCACUAGAAGUCGUCAGAAACGUCUGGGACGCAUUUUGUGCAUUUGAAGCAAAAUUGCUGUACGGACUUGUCAUUCUCUUUAAAAUGCUGACACUACUAGAGUGAUCACUUGGAACGCUCAGAAACUUCCGGUUGAGGUCCGAGAACGUUAAAUUUUAUGCUAAGAGUUAAAUAAUUCCAUAGGAGGAUGGUUUUAAGGAAGAAAUCCAGUGAAAAGAAGAUGAAAUUGAUUGAUUUCAGCACGAUUGGAUGUUCAACGAGGUUUCGACGACGGAAGACGCCGUCCCUGAACAACAUCCUUCAGAAAGUAAGAGAUUUUAGACUUCCACAUAGAGUUAUAGUUAGUGAGAGUAAUGAAAUUACCAUGAUGAUAUGGUAGUUUUUUUCAUCAAUAAAAAUCUGCAAGGUUGCAUAAAUAAAGAACCCUUUUUUUGGAUGAAAUUUUAUUUUUUUGAUGUGAAGAAAAAAAUCCAAAUUUUGAAUUUCAUUCACGUUUAGUAAGCUAUGCUGAUUUGUAAAUUAUUUGCAAAAAGUCUUUAAUAAAGAAGUUUUUUUCACAACUUUUUAGAACUUAAUUUUUCCAUUUCUUGAGGGUAGUUUGUACUCCAUCGAAAAAAAUUGAUUAAAAAGAAUCUUCCAGUUUUUUUCUUUUUGUCUCAAAAACUUCUCAAAAAUUUUAUAUCUUGUUUGCAGCAGGAACAAACGCCUCAGAACCCUAAAUUUUUGUAAUAUUAUGAUUUAAAUAGAACUGAUUUUUAGUGUAAAAAUUAGGACUUCCCGUAUUUUUCCCAUUCAAAACUCAUAUAUUCUGUUUGCAGCGGGAACAAACGCCUCAGAGCCAGGUUCGUAUGGCGUCGGCGUGCCGACGGGCGUCUCGGCGGCGUCGUUCAACGACAUGCACAACCUGAUCCGGAAGGCCAACGAAGACCAGGCGGCGGCGAUGAUGAACGAGGGCAAGGGCGGCAAGAUCAAGAACAUCCUGCGGCGGAACUCGCGACGCGACAAAUCCCGGUCCAAGCUCAAGAUCGAGUCGACGGCGCCCGGCGCGAUGUCGCAGCCGCGACCCGCGUUCUCGCAGCCGACCCCGUCGAGUGUCUCCGGCAACUCGGUCGAGAGCGCUUUCUGCGGAAAUUACCAGGUUUCUAAUCUUUAUAUCACUUCUUGAACCUGAGAAUCAUCAAAGGUCUUGAAAUUUGAACGUAGGGUUGUUGAAGAAAACAUAAAUUUUCAAUCGAUAUUUGAAAAAUCCUGAAUAAAUUCAAAGUAGUGAGAAAAUAUUUAGUGGUCACUAUAGAGGCUCGCCAAGGACUACUUACACUAGGAAACUUAAGUGGCCACUAUUUUCCGUUUUAGUGGCCACUAUAGAAGUUCUUUAUUCAGUGGCCACUUCAGUAUUUUUUCAUCCAGUAUUCCUUCCAGUAACUCUGAUAAUUAUAAAACAAACAGAUUGGACCAGUUAUAUUGAUCCAUUGACCCCUAAAGUGGCCACUAAAAUUUUUAGUGGUCUAGUAGUAGCACUUAGACCUCUCCAGUGGCCUUUAAAAUCCCUAGAAAAGUUCCUAGGUGUACUGAAUUAAGAUUUUGGAAGUUAAAACAAGAAUUAGCAAGCUUCAGCUAGUUCUUUGGGAAAAUUUGUUUUGGCUAAUAUAGAGGCUCGCCAAAGACAACUUGGAGAGGACACUAAAGUGGCCACUAAACCCACCUCUAUAGUGGCCACUAUUUUGCGUUUUAGUGACCACUAUAGAAGUUCUUUAUUCAGUGGCCACUUCAGUAUUUUUUCAUCCAGUAUUCCUUCCAGUAACUCUGAUAAUUAUAAAACAAACAGAUUGGACCAGUUAUAUCGAUCCAUUGACCCCUAAAAGGGCCACUAAAAUUUUUAGUGGUCUAGUAGUAGCACUUAGACCUCUCCAGUGGCCACUGAUUUUUAAUCCCUUAAGUGGCCACUAAAAAUUUUCCCAGUAAGAGGGUUCAGCUCUUUUUUCUUUUUAAAGCUGGAAUCUUCUAAACUAUAGUAAAAUAUUAUGCCCAAAGUUAACUUCUGGCUUUUUCUUUCAUCAUUAUUAUUAUUAUUAAGCUUUUUCUCCAAUUUAGAAGUUUUUAGAGUUGAAAAUGAUAAAAUCCAUUAUCUUCACGACGUACCAAAAUUCGUAAUUGAACGGAACUUUAACUUUCAUUUUGGAAACGUAUUUCAAAAUUGGAUUUUUUUGAAACAUUUAUUAGAUGAAAAUUAUCUCAUUCCAACGUUUCAACCUGGCUUUUUAUUCGAUCUUUAGCAAUAUUUAAAUGUUCCGUAUUCUGCAUGAAUAGCGAACACGGUCAUUGUGAGGAUUCGGAAGAAAGCGGAAAAAAGGAUUUCACUGUUUCAAUUUUCACCACUUUUUUUCCUUUUUUUUCGAAUUUUUUUUCUUUUUUUGAUUCAAAGCCUUUGAAAACAAGUUUGAGACCCUUUUUCUAAUUUAUUUGUUUAUUCAUCUAUUUCACUCGAAAAGAAAUAAAGAAGGUACAGAAUAGGCUCUAUACGUCGGUUGGAUCCCACUUCAGCCUUUUGAGAGCGAAAAAGCAAAAUUCGAAAAUGCGCUGAAAUUGCCCGUACUUUGCAGUUGGUCCACCCACCGGUUGGAUUCGGACAAUAUACUGUGGAAAACUUUAGUGGCUACUUAAGAGGUUCCUCGAGGCUUCUUGGAGAGGGCACUAAAGUGACCACUCAAACCAAAUUUAUGUAGAAACUACUAUUCUUCUCUUAGGGACCACUAUAGGAGUCUUCUGUUUAGUGGCCACUAAUAAGACUUCUAAAGUGGCUACUAAAUGUCUCAACCCUAAAGUGGCCAAUAAAUAAUGUCCCAGUGUAAUAAGAAUAUGAAAUUGAUAAACUUUCCUUAAUACAUAUAUACUUGUAGGAACGGGACAUCGACGCAGAGAUCGAGCUCCGACAAACCUUGUCCUCGCCGCCUGGAGCCAGCGGAUCUGCGGACGUCGAACUGUCGACCGGCCUCGACCACAGCCCUUCCCUGGAAAGCAGCCUUGGCAGUCUGCCAGACACGGGCGGCCGCGCCGAGGUCGACGACGAGGCCCGCAAGAAACGUCUCCAGGACAUGUACUCGGCGAGAAGGAUCUUCAUCGCCGGCUCGGCGGCCGCCGCCACGGACAACAACGACACGACGGCGAUCGACGCGUUGGCCAACCACUCGCAGCAUCUGAACAUCGCCAGCAGCCCUGCCUUCGACGUCCUCAGCGAGGAGACCCGUGAAAAGAUCCGGCUGAUGCAGAAGAAGCAGCACUGGCAUCACGACACCACCAAGGAGACCCGCACGUUGGACUUGCUCAAGGUCUUUUUUUUUGGGCUUGUCACGAGAAAAGUAGAUUCACGGCUAGCUUGGGAGGGGCGUGGCCUGUCUGCGCUCUCCACUGACCAGGCACUGUCUCUUUUCUUUCCGUGUCAGAAAUUGUGGUUUCGAAAUCUUUCCCUAGGUUGUUUCAGUUUAGAAAAGUUCAAGCUUAAAAAGUCAGUAUAUAAAUCAUAUUAUAGAGGAUUUUCAAUUUGUUUCUACUUAUUUUUUGAAGAUUAUCUCGAUUUUUCAGACCUACUCGCCGACGAAAGACAUCACAGACGCGCUUUCUUUCACUUCGGACUACUCCACGACCAGCUCGGCACCCCUUAGGUAGUCCCUUUUCAACACCUUGAAUCAGCUUCAUUGCCGCCUUUUUAGUUCUGCUAACCCGCCUCUGGCCGUUGCAUGCUUAGAUCAGCCGAAUUCCAGUUCGGACUAUGCUUCGAGGUUCGCUACUCUGCUAAAGAAAAACCUCUAAAUAAGGGUUUUUAGUGACCCCAGUCCUUGCGCUCGGAAUGCGUCGUCCUCGCCGGCUCUUCGGAAUCGACCUGGGGCCCUGGACGUCAUCACCCCUGAAGUGAACUCUUCGACGAUGCCCUUCAGCAAAAGCCAGAAGAUUCGUCUUCGCGUCAAGGCUGGAAAUCGCGAUCCUGCACGACGGCAUACGUUGUCUGAUGUCGACACUUUGAAGGUACAACUCCAACUUUUCAAUUAAGUCAAUAAGUAACCCAGAAAUUUGAGCCAUAUUCAAAAAAGAUUCAAAAAAAAACCCCGAGAGUAGCCUUUUUUGCAAUUUUUGGUGCCCUCUACAGAGGAGGUGAAGUGGUCCCUAGAGGGUGCCUUAAGGUCCCCCCUUUAGUGUCCUUGAGUACUUCGUCCAGACUAUCCUACCAUGAACCUAAUUUUUCUUAAUGGAGCCUAACCGUUGUAAAUUCAGGAAGGCCGAUUAGACAAGCUGGCGAGGUGGUUUGGACUCCGGAAGUCAAGCCCCGACGUGAACGCCGAAGAGCAAGACGCGGCGCGGAAACGUCGCAGCGUCACCGUCGACAUGACGACGAACCCGCCGGUCAUCGUCCGGACUUCGCCGACCGAGCUGACGCCCGUCAGCGGCGACGAGCAACUGUGA